CUUCCUUUUCACAAUAGAAGCUUCACUUGAUCCUGCCUAUAUAAACACCUUUCUUUCUUUCGCUCAAAUCAAUACCAACCAUCACUUCUUUCUCUGUUUCUCUCUCUCUCUCUGAUCUGCCUCUUUGUUCUUCAUAAUUCUUUACAAGUUACUCGAGAUGUGUUUGAUAAUGGAAGCUGAUGAUCACGACGGUUGUGUGUUAGUCGCGCCGCAGAAUUUUUCUAUGGUUGAAAACGGUGUCUACCGAUCUUCGUUUCCUAAGCCAGAGCAUUUCGGUUUCCUCACAGCCCUUAAUCUUCGUUCCAUCAUUUAUCUUUGUCCUGAACCAUACCCUGAGGAGAUUUUGAAGUUUUACGAGGCCAACAACAUUAGGCUUUUUCAAUUUGCAAUCGAAAGCCAAAAGGAUCCUCCUACACCAAUACCAGAGGAUACAGUUAUGGCUGCUCUCAGAGUCUUAGUUGAUGUAAGAAACCAUCCGAUCCUCAUACACUGCAAAGCCGGAAAGCAUAGGACAGGUUGUUUGGUGGGAUGCUUAAGAAAAGUUCAGAACUGGUGUUGGUCAUCGGUGCUAGAGGAAUACCAAAAGUACGCGGGUUCGAAGUGCAGACAGAGGGACAUGAAGUGUAUUGAGACAUUUGAUACCGUGAGCUUGAGGCAGUGUCUCUUGAGCAUUAUGUACCGUUAUCUCGGUUAUGGUCCUAAUAGGAAAAGGUUGCUCUAUGGAGAAGAAAAUGUCCAGACACCGAAACCGCAGGCUACCAAUGUUUGAAAACGAGAGCAACCAAGUGAGACAUGGUUCCGACAUAAGUUUGAGAUUCAAUUUAUAAGUAGUAACUAGAUGAUUCAUUUACGGGGAGAAGUUAGUUUAUACAUAUAUAUCAAGAUUCGUAAACAUACGUUGUAAGUUUUCCGAAAGGCUAUUCUUCAUUCAUAGUUAGAA